AUGACGACCCGCUCCGAGAGAGAGAAGGCCCAGAAACUGAACGAGCAGCACCAGGCCAUCCUGUCCAAAAUGCUCAGAGAGGAAGACAACAAGUAUUGUGCCGACUGCGAGGCAAAAGGUCCAAGAUGGGCGUCUUGGAACUUGGGGGUAUUUAUCUGCAUUCGGUGUGCGGGCAGCCACAGGAACCUCGGUGUCCACAUUUCCCGAGUGAAAUCGGUCAACUUGGACCAAUGGACCCCAGAUCAAAUUCAGUGUAUACAGGAUAUGGGAAACACCAAGGCCAGGCAGCUUUAUGAGGCUAACCUUCCAGAAAACUUCAGACGACCUCAAACAGACCAAGCAGUUGAAUUCUUCAUUAGAGAUAAAUAUGAGAAGAAAAAAUACUACAGUAAGAAUGUGACCAAUGGAGGCAGUCCUAAAGAUUGUAUUAAGAAGGAGAAGGAGAGCGAGCGAGGGAGAAAGGUGUCUUCUUACACCAAGAAAAGUGAAGAGUCCACGCCAGUUCCUAAAAUCAGUCCAGUUAAGACUUCAGAGCCUUCUGUGAACCUACUAGGACUUGAUGCACCAACAGCUGCACCAAGCAACAAUGGGAUAACAAGCACAAGCCAGAACAAUAACGACCUGGACAUAUUUGGACCAAUGGUGUCCAACCCCCUUCCCUCGUCAACGUCGACUGCUCAGUUUCCUCAGGGGGGCUCUAGCAGUGUUGCGGGCACUCCUACACAAGCCCCAGCAGCGGCAAUGGGUGGAGCUGGGUCGGGGUCAGGACAGGGUGACCUUGACCUGUUUAAUGACAGUAGCAGCACAACUAAGACAGAAGAUAGCGCAAAGAAGACAUUGUCCAAGGACUCCAUCUUGUCACUAUAUGGAACCAACAACAUGUCACCGCAGGCUUCGGCUGCUGGCAUGUUUAUGGGACCUUCUCAGAUGCAGUUUCCUGUCCAGACCUCUGCUGGUUAUCAGGCCUUUCCUGGCAUGGGCAAUGCCGUGCCGCCUACGACUGUCAUGGGUGCCAUGAUGGCACAGAGUGGAGCAGCCAUGAUGGGCCCCAGUCCAGGAAUGAUGGUUGGGAUGACCAUGCCCAAUGGCUUCAUGGGAAAUGCCCCCGCUAGCGGUGUGAUGGGCAUGGCCCCCAGAAUGAUGGCGCCACAUGGUGGUGCCAUGCCUGCAGGCAUGGUGCCUGCCCAGGGCAUGUACGCCAUUCAGCCUGGGCAACAAGCUCAGUGGAACAUGGCUCAGGUGAGCCACCAGAUGUCAGGCUUGCAUCUGAAUGGUGCCGCUGGACACAUGGCCUUCACUCAGCCUCCAGCUGCAAUGGGUGGUUGGGCCGCGCCCGGAUCCGGCCAAACUCUGAGCACACAGCUAUGGAAGUGA